AUGGCCGAGUCGCAGCUGAGCUGCCUGGACGAGGCGCACGUGAACGAGAGGGUGACCGAGGCGCAGGCCGCCUUCUACUACUGCGAGCGGCGGCGGGCCGCGCUGGAGGCGCUGCUGGGUGGCGGCGAGCAGGCCUACCGCGAGCGGGUCCAGAAGGAGCAGUUGCGGGACUUCCUGUCCAGCCAGGAGCGCCAGGCCCUCCGCGCCGCCUGGAGCCCCUACGAAGAUGCCGCCCCCGCCCGUGGCAAGAACAAGACCAAGGCCCCGGCGCAGGCCGCCCCCGAGCCCGCCGAGUCCCUGGCCUACUGGCCCGACCGCUCCGACACCGAGGUGCCCCCGCUGGACCUGGGCUGGACCGACACUGGCUUCUACCGUGGCGUGAGCCGUGUCACCCUCUUCACCCACCCCCCCAAGGAAGAGAAGGCGCCCCACCUCAAGCAGGUGGUCAGGCAGAUGGUCCAACAGGCCCAGAAGGUCAUUGCUGUGGUCAUGGAUCUCUUCACUGAUGGCGAUAUCUUCCAAGACAUUGUCAACGCUGCCUACAAGCGCCGGGUCCCAGUGUACAUCAUCCUGGACGAGGCAGGCGUGAAGUCUUUCCUGGAGAUGUGUCAGAGCCUGGAGCUCACUGACUUCCGUAUCCGGAACAUCCGUGUCCGUUUUGUGACAGGCGUUGGCUUCUACUUGCCCCUGGGGAAGGUCAAAGGGACCCUGUCAUCAAGGUUCCUGAUGGUGGAUGGUGAAAAAGUAGCCACUGGAUCUUACAGGUUCACGUGGACCUCCUCGUACGUAGACAGGAACCUACUCCUCCUCCUGACGGGACAGAACGUGGAGCCCUUCGACGUGGAGUUCCGGGAGCUGUAUGCAAUCUCCGAGGAGGUGGACUUGUAUCGGCAGCUGGGCCUGGCAGGAGGUGCUGGCAGGCUUGGCCUCAACUACUCCUCCACCGUGGCGCGCAAGCUCAUCAACCCCAAGUACGCCUUGGUGUCAGGCAGCCGCCACCAGCCGGGGGAGAUGAUGCGCUGGGCUGCCCGGCAACAGCGGCAAGCUGGCGGUGAUCUGGAGGGGCAGCAGGAAGGCAGCGGAGGUGGCGAGUCGACCCGGCGCCUGGAGAGCUUCCUCAACGACCUGGUUAGCCUGGAGCAGGUGCUACCGCCCGUGGAGCCCAUUCCCUCAGGAGGGCUGAGCCGGAAGGAUACCAGAAUGGUCUCUCACCUGCACGUGGACCUGAAGCCCAAGUCCCGGGAGGCACUGGCCCAAAAUGGCAAAGGAGAAGCCACCAACGGAGAGGCCACCCCAGCCAAGGAGGGCAAGCGCUUUGGCAGCAGGCUCUUUAGCCGACGGACCAAGAGGCCAGCGGCACCCAAUGGCGUGGCCAGCUCGCUCUCCACCGAGUCCUUUGCUGACGUGGAGUUUAAGACAGGAAAGAGGCCCAACGAGGACUCCAGCGCCAACCUCUCAGGUAAAGCCAGUGUCCGUUCUGCCAAGCCCAGCAAUUGCGUGAUUUCCUGAGCCGCAGGACAGCGGCGGACAGGACCCAUGGGUGCCUGAGACUGGCUGGCCACCCCCUGCCCUGUGGAGAACCAGGACAGAGCCUGCACCAGUUUGCACAUUGGACCCCUGCCAGCCUGCUGCCUAGCAGUCUCCAGCCCAGCCUCAGGGACCCUGAAUCCCAGAGAGGAGGGUCUUCAGCAUCUCAAGACAAUCACACGCUCUGCUCCGGAAGACUGUCGGCCUGGCAGGGGUCUCCGCCUCCUUGUUUACAUGAAGCAGAAGCUUGAAUGGUAUCUGCCUUCCUUUAUGUCUGAACCUCUCCCCACUGGGCUGGCCUUGCCCUGCAGCCCCCCGACGGGGUGAGAGUCGUAUCUUCAUGCCUUAAUGGGGUGGGUUCUCAGGGCAGCCCAGCUCCCUGACUCAUCCUUCCCAGGGCUUCCUGGGGCUUCUGGUCCCUCCUAGAGGCUGUUGGGAUAAAAGGGAAGAGGAUAGGGUUCAGAGCCAGCCUUGCUCUAGUCUCUGCACUGGAUAUGGAAGAUGCAGCUGGGGCACCAGUUGCCAUGGCCUUUCUGGUGCAAAAAAAAAAAAAAAUUUUUUUUUUUUUCCUGGUGCAGUCCCUGCAGGCUGCUGAAGGAGACCCUGAGUGCAAUGAGAGAAAAUGCUGUAGCCACCCCCCGGCCAGUGGUAGGAUCUGACACUGCCAUUUUGAGAGCCCUCCUGCAAGGUCCCCUUCCUUUGCAUGGUCUUGGCUCCUCAGCCCUCAGGGGUCCAGGCCUCCUUGGCUAUUGCCUGCUGCAGGCCUUAUGGCACUGUCACUUGAGGCUGCCCACACCCUUACUAUGCCUUGAUCUGCCACCCAAGGUAAGGAGAGGGCUUGGCCAAGGCAGGGAGCGUGGUAUGGGAGGCUGGGCCCUGUGGACAGGAGUGUUUGCCCUAUUCCCCGGGACAGUCCUGGGUCCUUUUUGCUAGUCUGGACUUCUGUGCCUUCCCUGUUACCCUUCAGCCAAAGACUAGCCUUAGCCUCCUGCCAAAAGGCAGGCUGAUAUGGGAGCCUCGGCCUCCUGCCAAUCAGGUGGGCCGGCCUGAUGCCAUGACGGCCGGGGGACCAGCCAGAAAGCACACAUCACCCCCUGCCCACUGUGUGACUAGUGGGGGCUGAGGGGAGUGGGUGAAUGGAUAGGGAGAAAUUGCCAAACUACAGCCUCCGUGAGCCAGAGCCAAGCAGGGGGAUGCAGAGGCCUGGCGCAGCGGAGCGAGGGGCCAAAGUGCCUGUGGAAGGACACGGGCUCUUCCAGCCUGUCACUUCUGAACCGAACUUCUGUACUCAUAUCUUUCCUUCUGAGAAAAAAAAAAAAACCCUGGGACACCACCAGCACCCUGGGGGAGGGGCACAGAUGUCUGCAAGGCAGCUAACUGUGAGGGCCAGAAGACUGGAGGCACUGGCCUGUGAAGCAGAAGUGCCUGAGAGAAAGCAGGAAGUGGGGGCAGCACUUGGCGCUCACUUGAGAAGACUCUGGUUGCUCCGGGGUGGGGAGGGGAAGGAAGGGUGAACCUGAGUUCCAGGGCUCCUCUGUCAGUUUUGAGGUUAGCUUCCUGGGUGCGGGGGAGGGAUUGCAGACCCCAACCCACCUCCCUGAGUGUCUGUGAGGAUUAAACGAUUUCUGGGGGUGCUUCCUGUGCACCAAGGCCUGGCGGUGUGGUGUGUGCUCCUUCCGGAGGGGAAGGAAGGGAGAAGCAUGACACCUCAGCUCCAUCCGGUUCCCCAGACCAGUCAUCACCUCAAGAGUCUGGAAGCUGUGGGGCCCAAGACAAGUACACUGCAGUGGGGGAAAAGACCCCACCCUCCAUGUGGAGGGUGGACAGACACCUCCAGGGCAGGGAGGAGGCCCUGGGCAGGGAGCAGCUUCCAGGCAGUUCUGUGGAGGGCUUCUUGCCCCUCCCCUGUGGGAGAAGCAGCCUUGCCUUAUCCCUUUGCCCUCUCCUGGCCCAGGAGGCCCCAGUCCCUGCCCAGCACUGCCACCUAGGAGGAUCCCAGAUUGGAAGUCCAGCUCACUGCAGCCUGGAGCCAGGCCUUCUGCCUCAAUUUCUCCAUGUGCCAAGAUAGAGUUCCUCUCUUCACAGAAGUGAAGUGGGGAGGGGAGACCUGAUGUUGAAAGUGGAAGCAACUCUGUGUAGUGGGGAAGGUGCCUGCCUGCCAGGCAGGGCUCUCCCUUCCAGCCAGUUUCCUCAUCUUUACAGAGGUUUGGGCAAGCUGGUGUCUGUCCCUUCUCCACUCCUGAAAUGUUAGCAGUAAGUAUUCCUACGAGAGACACCGGUGGUGCAAAGAUUGCUGAAGAUCUUGAAGCCAUAAAGCACAGCUCCUAGUGUUUGCUAGUCUGCCAAGGCUCAGCCUCUUGGUGACUCAGUUUAUUAGUACCUCUACCCUCUGUUCCUGUGCUUGCACACACUUUGUGAGACAUUUUCUCCCUCAUCAAAUCUCAAGGGUACAUCCGGCCCCCCAAGUCUGAUGGCAAGUUCAAGGGUGGAUCAUGCCCUUGGUCCUCCCACAGCAGCCUCCACAAAGCUGGUGACAUUGAAAGGGCUCCAGGAGGGUCAAGGACGGGACACCAGUGCUCUCAGUGCCGUGGUCUCACUUUGCUGUCCCCAGCCCCUGCCCCCCAGCCCCCACCCCACCAAGCUGCUGCCUUACUUGAAGGAAGGAGGCCGAGUCCAGGUUGAGUGUAACAACUGGUGCUGCUAUUUGGCAAGGUUAACUUCCAGUGAGCAAAAGCAGCUGAGGGCUGUGACCCCGGGGCCGCUGCCACCCUGGAUUCUGCCCCGGAAGGCAGGAAGCACAGGACUCCGGUACAGGACUAGGAGCUUCCUCUUGAGGUUUGGCAAUGCCCCCCAGUCUGUGUCAGCUCUCUGAGCGCCAGGUACGUUAGUCCUGUCCCUGACCCCUUAUGAGUGCUUUUGAGACAGUGCCAACACUACACAAUGCUAUGCCUGUGUAGAACUUCAUAGAAAGACUAGACUAAAAAGAAAUGGACUCAGCAACUAACAUCAGAUUUGAAAGAAACAGGCUGGGGACUAGAGAAGUAGCUCACCCAAGACACGGCGAGUUGUACCGGGGCAAAGAAGAGGCAACUGGCUCUUUUCUAGUAGACUCUGUUGCUUCUCUAAGGAGCCCUGGUGGUGCAGUGGUUAAGCACUUGGCUGCUAACCAAAAGGUCAACAGUUCGAACCCAACAGCUGCUCCAAGGGAGCAAGAUGUGGCAGUCGGCUUCCAUAGAGACUUACAGCCUCGGAAACCCUGUGGGGCGGUUCUCCUCUGUCCUAUGGCAUUGCUGUGAGUCGACUGGACAGCAGCGGGUUUGGGGUGGUUUCUCUCUUUUUUCUUCUUGAUUUAUUGAGCACCUGCUGUAUGCCAGUCACCAUGCUAAAUCCUGUAGUCACAUGCAAGUUUCAACUAGGAAUAGCUCAUGAAAGGGGCCCUUUACAAAGUUAACACACAGUUUUGCUGUUCAUUUUAGGAUGGAGCUUUGUGAAGUAGUGUGAUGAGCAGAGCAGGUCUUAUUCCCAUUUUUCAGAUGAGAAGGUACACAGAUCUCCCAGAUCUCAAAUCAUGUGAAAUGCCAACUUGGGCCUGCCUCUAGCCCAGAGCUUAUUGACCCAGCACUGUUGACACUUGGAGGGCCGGAGCAGUCUUUGUUGAGGGAAGGGCUGUCCCACGCAUUGUAUGAUACUGAGUAGCAUCCCUGGCCUCUCCCCACUAGGUGCCAAUAGCAGCCCUCCAGAUGAGACGACCAAAAGUGUCCCCAAACUAAAACCAAACCUGUUGCCAUCGAGUCGAUUCCGACUCAUAGUGACCCUACAGGACAGAGUAGAACUGCCCCAUACAGUUUCCAAGGAGUGGCUGGUGGAUUCAAACUGCCGACCUUUUGGUUAGCAGCCAAGCUCUUAACCACUUUGCCACCAGGGCUCCAAAAAUGUCUCCAGACUUUGGCAAAUGUUCCCUCGAACGGGUCCAGUCACUCGGUUGAGGACUGUUACUGUCGGCUGUGCAGCCCAAAGGAUCUCUUCACGUUCCCCCGCCCGGCAAAAUGGUUAUCUUUGUCUGACAACACUUUGUCCCAGGGAGGCUGGCUGAUUUGCCAAAGAUUUCGCUUUCUGGGACAUGUGUAAUGGCACCUUCCAUCUCUGCUCUAGUUACCUUGCUUGGCUCUUCACGGUUUCGUGCUCCCCAGACCCCAGAACAGGUGUGUUUAAGUGCAUACAUCUGCCUCCUUCCACUCACCUCCCCAUCAGAGUUCCUCCCAAUCUGUUCCUUUCCUCCCAUCUCAGCUAAAUCCUGCACAGAAAGCACUGAUGGACGUAGCCAGGUGUGCCCAACGGUGUCUCCACCGCAAAGAGCAGCCAGCGCAGAGCGCAGAGCACCUUCCACGCUCCUUAUGACAGGCCAACCAGGACCCACUAUCUGGACGUCAUUCUGAAUCAGGCUUAGCAGGGCUCCCUCCGCAGCUAAUUAGACUGUGAGCGUGGUUGUAGUUUAUCACCUGGCGGUGCCCCACCAUCCUGCCCGCCUGCCCCGAGGACCCAGCAGCUGUCGCCGUGAGUGUCUGCACUGCUGUUCUGGUGGCAGGGUGUUCAGUGCCGAACAGGAACCCUGAGCUCAGGAGCUGAGCCGACCGAGACAGAGCGGAUGUGCACCCGAGGGGGUGGGGCAUGGCAGGGGCAGGAGUGAGCGUGUUUGGAACAAGUGCCGGGUCAGCUCAAAGGCCUGCAGAGUUCAGGCAGGUUUAGACUUGUCACUACCGCCCUUGGAAGCUUGGAAGGCCCUGCUUCCAGAUACCCGCUCUGGCCACACGCGCUGUGGCCCGGCCUGCUACCCACUCUGUCCUUGGGGUCCCUGAGCCCCAAGAGCAGACCCUGUGAGCACAGCAGCCUCGUCUGUCUCGUUCACUGUUGUAUCCACGCCGUAUGCUCAACGCCGGUUAAGUGACUGGAAACUUGACAGCCACUGAAUACAGGAAAUAAAAGCAGUGGCUGCCAAGUCGGUCCACCUCGUGAGAGUCGGAGUAGAACUGCGUUCCACAGGGUUUCCAUAGCUGCUUGUUUGGAAGCGGAUCACCAGGCCUUUCUUCUGAGGCACCUCUGGACAGACUCGAGCCUUUUGGUUAGCAGCCGAGUGCGUUAACAGUUUGUACCACCCAGGGAUACAGAGAGUAAGGCAGGCUAGUAAACUUGGAGGUUCCAGAAUCAGUCAUGCUCUUUCCUGUCUUGUUCCUGACUUCUGAGACUGUGCAUGGAAGCCGAUGGGGUUCUGCCCUCUGCCAGUUAAUCUCUUAAGGGCAGAACUUGUCAACACUUUCCCCUGACCCGGUGCCUUGCUCCGGGAAGGUUCUCUGUUAGCAUGUGCCCUGCGUGGGCAGUCUUCAUCACCCAAGCCCUCCGGACUGGGUGGAGCCGGGCUGCAGCCUCUCUGGCUGCACUCCUAGCACUCCUUUCUGAUGGCUCACACAGAAGCAGGUGAGGAGGAAAGACGCCUGAGGUGAGGAAGUUGUCCCGAAUCAUCCAGCAGGUCCUGGGAGGGCUAGGCUCCCUUGAUCUGGACCCCCCGAGAGCAUUUUCACUGUCCGGCGUGGCCUCUCCAAGUGACAGCUAGCUGGAAACAAGCUUUCCUCCAGAAAAGUGGGUGGACGUUAGGGCACUGUCUGCAGCCACCGGAAAGCAGCUCCAGGAACAGAUGUUCACGUCGGAGAAGGAGAAUGGCCAGAUAAGGCAGCAGGUGGGUGGGAGCCUGGAGGGGGGGAUGGAGGAAAAGGCAAGGACAGGCCGUGUGCCCCAGUGCCCAUGGUCCUCUGGGCACAACCAGGAGGAAAGCCCCCAUUGUGUGCUCAUUGCUGCACCUGGAACUCUGGCUCACCUUCUCCUGCAUAUGUCUUGGGUGACUGGACAGGGACAGGCACUUCCCUGCAGUAUUUGAAAGGCUUUGUUCAUUCGUUCAUUCAAUGGAUAUUUACUGUGUGCUAGGCCUGGGUGAUACAAAUAAUUAAGUGCUCGACUACUAGCAGAAAAGUUGGCAAUUUGAACCCACCUGGAGGUGCCUCAGAAGACAGGCCUGGCAAUUUGCUUCCAAAAGGUCACUGCCAUGAAAACCCAAUGGAGCAGUUCUACUCUGCACACAUGGGGAUACCAUGAGUCGGAAUCGACCCGACAGCAAACAACAACAAGCUUGGGGAUAAACGAUGAGUGAGGAGGGCAGGUGAGACCGGAAGGGUUGUUUUAAGGCCAUGUGAGUGAACAUGUGCUGUGAUCCCACCUAAGGCUGAUGGUGGAGAGAGGACAGGUUUCAGAACAGGCAGGCUGGGGCUGGAUCCCUGACUCUGCCAUUUAAUAGCUAACUGAAUCCAGCGAGCACCUUGUAUCCCAGCACUUCAGGUUCCCUGAUUAAAGUGGGUCAUCUUGAUACCACUCUCUGGAGCCCUUUGGGAGUAAUUAAGAAAAGCAUCUAGUUCCAAGGCUUAUACACAGGAGCUCAAUAAACGGCAGUGCUUGGUGGUGUAUUUCAUUGGGUGAACAUUCUCCCCCAAAUCCUCUCCUUGCUUCUUCCCUGUGUAUUUGGCAACUUCCUGCAGAGUCCUUGGCUCAAAGGACUAAAUGCCCGGCCACCUGGAGGCAGUUUCAAAGCCCAGGUUUUAAAGAAAGGUGGAGGAAAUCUGCCUGAGACGCUGUUUGUAAGCAGCUGUGCUUGGGAAGGAUCCAUGUUCCCCUUGGGAACCCCCGCACAAUCCCAGCUGGGUGGGUGUUAGUUGGAGGACGUGAGAAAGAGCUUAUCUGGUCAUGCAAAAGUCCCCACUUAACAACUUUUCUUGAUAGUUUUGGGUGAAAUAAAAAAUUUCAGUUGGUUGGUUUGGAGAAUCCUCUGUACAUAAAACACAAAACCUAACCAAAGAAACAAACCAUCCAGAGAAGCCUGCCAACCUUGACCUUGGAAGGCAGUCCUGUCUCCUUCCUGUAGAUGCCAAACCUCCCCCAGCUUUUCGUACAGCCUUUUGCACUUGCGAGAUGUCAGUCAGUCUGUCCCCAGCUGCACUGGAACAUGCUCAAGGGCAGGGAUGGGGCUGGGGGCCCUGCCCAGCAUAGGUUGCUCAGGAGAGAACUCGGUUCCAUUGCCGCGGUUCCGUCUGAAGAGCCUGAGCGGCUGAAAGCACUGUGGUGAAAGGCUGACACCUUGUGGCCAGCUCGUGGCAUGUCAUCUCCCUUCUUGGGUAAGAGCGGCAGCCUGGACAUGGGGCUGAGGCCAGAGGUCUGUGAAGGGCCAGCAUCGGUCCUAGUUGCCACUGAGUCGGCUCCUACUCAUGGCGGCCCCAUGUGUGUCAGAGUGAGCUGUGCUGCACAGGGUUCUCAGUGGCUGAUUUUUUGAAAGUAGAUCGCCAGGCCUUUCUUCCAGGGUAUCUCUGAGUGGAUUCAAAACCUCCAAACUUCCCGUUAGCAGCUGAGCACAUUAGCCAUUCGCACCACCCAGGGGCUCCUGUAAAGGGCCAAGUAGUAAAUAUUCCAGACUUUGUGGGCCAUGUCAUUUCUGCCUCAGCUACUGCUGUUGCAACACUAAAAUAUAGCCAUACCAAAAAAAAA